AUGCCUGUCUUUCCCAGCUUGCAGCAAGACAUCCUCCUCCCACCACACCUCACAACCUGGGAAUGGCUGUUUGAAGAGCCAACAUACUCUCCUCUUCUACGCUUCCCCAAGAGCCGACAAGCAGGAUUCACAGAUGCCAUUACGAAGGAACGCCUGAGCUGGCCACAGGUGAAAGAGGUGUCGACAUAUCUGUCAACCGCAUUGGUUAAGAAAUAUGGGUUGAAAGAAGGAGAGACAGUCUCGCUCUUUAGCGCAAACACAAUAUGGUACCCAGUGGCCAUGCACGCGACUCUACGCGUUGGUGGCAAGGUUUCUGGGGCUAGCCCUGCGUACAACGUCGAAGAGAUGACUUAUGCGCUUCAGAAAGCAGAUGGAAAAUUUCUGUUUACACACAAGGAUAGUAUGGAAGUCGCCACCAAGGCCGCGAAGAAUGCCGGUGUGCCCAAGGAGAACAUCUUCCUCCUCGAAGGUGAUUUACCAGGCUUCAAGAAUAUCCGGACUCUGAUUGAGGAGGGCAAAAACUUGGGCGAACAAGUGCCAUACUUCAAGAUCCCUAAGGGCAAGACCAACUUCGAUGUCUGCGGUUUCUUGAUUGCACAUCAGAAUGUCAUCGCGCAGUGCCUCCAGGUUAUGCAGAUAACACCUUCCGACCAUAAACGAGUAUUGGCUGUUCUGCCUUCCUUUCACAUUACAGGCCUCGUACACGUAUUACACCUACCGAUUCUGAUCAAUGCCGAGGUCUACUUCUUGCCUGCGUUUACAAUGGAAGCUAUGCUCAAUACGGUGUGCGAGUACAAGAUUCCGGAGCUGCUCCUCGUCCCGCCGAUCAUCAUCCGAAUGGUUCGUGAUCCGAUCGUCAACAAGUAUGAUCUCUCAUUCUUGAAGAGAUUGUCGUCAGGUGCGGCGCCGUUGAGCAAAGAAAUCCUCGACCUUCUUAAGAAGAAAUUUCCGCAAUGUGGAUUUAAGCAGGGAUAUGGAAUGACGGAGUCGUGUUCGUGUAUCACUGCGCAUCCACCUGCACUUUACGACUUCGAGUAUGCACACACCGUCGGCACAAUAUGCGCUAGCACAACGGUCAAAAUCAUCACAGAAGACGGAAAGGAAUGCGGUGUUGGAGAGCCUGGCGAGAUCUGUGCCAAAGGUCCACAAGUCGUCAUGGGUUACUUGAACAAUGAAAAAGCAACAAAAGAGACAUUCGAUGAGCAAGGAUAUCUUCACACUGGAGAUGUUGGUGCGAUCGAUGAACACGGCGUUAUCACCAUUCUGGAUCGUAUCAAGGAACUGAUCAAGGUGCGCGGAAUCGGCGUUGCUCCAGCUGAGCUGGAAGAUCUCCUGCUGGGUCAUCCCAAGGUCGAGGACGUUGCUGUGCUGGGAAUUCCAGACGAUUAUAAUGGAGAGGUGCCGAAGGCGUACAUUGUGCCGACGACUGGCCAGAAACCAAGUCCAGAGCUCGGACGGGAGCUGUUGAAGUUUACAAGAGACAACAAGGUUCGGUAUAAGGCUGUACGAGAAGUCGAAUUCAUUGAUGAGAUCCCUAAGAGUGCAUCAGGCAAGAUCCUACGAAGAGUGUUGCGAGAUAAGGAGAAGAGCGGAAAGAAGGGAUUGUUUGUGAAAGCAGAGCGAGCACAGUUGUAAUGCAUCGUCCUACGUACCAGUUUCGCCCAAAUACGCAUAUUGACGGC